AUGGCGAAGCACCACCCAGACCUUGUCAUGUGCCGCAAGCAGCCGGGCGUGGCUAUUGGCCGCCUUUGCGAGAAGGACGACGGCAAGUGUGUGAUCUGCGACUCGUAUGUACGCCCAUGCACGCUGGUCCGUAUCUGCGAUGAGUGCAACUACGGCUCAUACCAGGGCCGAUGUGUCAUCUGCGGCGGGCCUGGCAUUUCGGAUGCUUAUUACUGUCGCGAGUGUACGCAGUUGGAGAAGGACCGUGAUGGCUGUCCCAAGAUUGUCAACCUAGGCAGCUCCAAGACUGAUCUUUUCUAUGAACGCAAGAAGUACGGCUUCAAGAAACGCUGA